GCCGCUUCUUCCGGAACUCAGUACUUCUCUUUUUCAUUUUUCUUGUUUUUUAAAAAACCAAAACCGCAACACGGAAAGAGAGACAGGGCUGAAAAGAUCCAAGCUUCAAUACAGUUGAUAAUUAAUUCAGUCACUCCCAUGUUAAUCUCUCUCUCAUUUCUUUUUGAAACUUUGGAAGGAGAGCCCAGUGUCCAUGCUCCUGGUCCCUCCUCCAACUGCACUUUUUAGGAUUUGAGGCCAGAAGUUGGCAGUGAAUGCAUUGGGGAUAUGAUGGAGAAAGACCCAGCAAACAGACAGCCCUGGCAAUCCCCGUUCCCCUCCAGAAAGAUAAGGUUUAGGACAAAAUUAUUUUUUUUUUUAACAAAUGGUACAGAUAAGUGAGAAAUUAUAUCUUAGGUCCCAGCCGUUCGUUCCAAUGGCGUGCAUCAAGAUAAUAUACUGUAUUUGGGUGGCUUAAUAUGUGGCAGUUAUUUCCAAAGUACCUUAAAGAUUUGAAAUAGAGAACUGGUUAGAGCGUUUUAGAAUUUUUCGUUUUCUAAAUUUAUUGAAUAUAUCCGUACUAAAAAUAUAUGGAUCAUCCAUUCUAAAAAAUAAAUAAAUAUUUGAUUAACAGGAUUAAUAAGAACUGUGAUCGGUGUCAAGAACAAACACAGUAUUAUGUACCUUAUAGCUGUAAAGGUUGAAGCCAGCGAAGCAGAAACAAAGCCCCCUCCUUCCCGAAAACCUUUCAAUUAUUUUACGGAAGAGAUACAGCUCUUCCAUCGGACGUCGACCUGUCUUUCUCCUUGCCGUGGGUGCCACCACCUCCCUUUCUUUCCCUGCUCGCUCUCCGCAUACAUACUAUUUCCCCUUCCCCUCCUCUCUCUCUAACUUCUCUUUCUUUUCCAUGUUCCUUUCCUUCCUCCAUUCCUCUGGCCUGUAAUGAUUUCUGUGCCACCGCUCUCACCAUCUGAGAAUCCAAAGGGAAGGUUAGAAAUCUUUUCUGGUCUAUGAAAAUAUAAGAGAGGGACAAAUAAUCUGCGAGCUAUUCCACCUCUAUUCUCUCUUGUUGUUGUUAGUGUCUCGUUGUGAUGGCGGCGCAGCCACGACAGUUCCAGAUGGGCGGCGGCCAUGCUGGUGGAGGCGACACUACCUACACAAAGAUCUUCGUGGGAGGCCUCGCCUGGGAGACCCAGCGCGACACCAUGCACCGCUACUUCGAGCAGUUCGGCGAGAUCCUCGAGGCCGUCGUCAUAACCGAUAAGAACACCGGCCGUUCCAAAGGCUACGGCUUUGUGACUUUUAAAGAUCCUGAUUCAGCAACAAGAGCAUGCCAGGAUCGAUCGCCGGUGAUCGACGGAAGGCGGGCUAAUUGCAACCUGGCAUCGACCGGCACCACUCACCGAACCCGGCCACCGAACUCCCAACAUGGGAUGGCAGGGCGGUUUAGACCUGUGAUUGGACCCAGCAUUGCUGCUUCUAUGUACCAUGGAUCAGCUGCCACAACCUCUUACUUCCAUCAGCCUGCCCAAUAUGUCUAUCCUUAUUCUGUUUAUGGAUACUCUGGAGGACACUCACAAGAAAGCAUGUAUCCAAUGAGCUACUACAGUUUGUACGGCGGCAGCGGAGGGCAGCAGCACCACCAGUUCUCUCCAUACUAUGCGGCUGCUGGGCCAGGGUCCUUCCAAAAUUUUUACCCAUUCUAUGCUCAAUUCUCGCAGGAUAGCCAGGCACAGAGUGGAUAUGGGCUGCAUUAUCCACAGAUGCUGCAAUACCCUCGCUUGCCACAGCAAUACAGGGCUGGGAUCCUCUCCAUGCAUCCCUCCACAGAGCUGACCACCGGGGUGACUGCCACAGCAGCUGUUGGGUCCAGCUCUUUGCAGCAGCUGCCGGGAAACACCUCGGCGCAGAAGCCGUCGUCUUAAUUCUUGCAUCUGAUAUUAGGCAUUCAUGCAUUUCCCCAUCCAACAUACUAACAUGAUCACAUUGAUAGGAAAGAAAAAAGAGGAAUCGCGUAUUUAGUGAUAUGAAGGGGGAGAAGAAGGAUGAUUUGAGAUUUCCUUGCACUCCUCAUUCCUCUCUGAUUUCAGAGAGGGCAACUGAUUCAUCACCUUGUCGAUGGAACAAGCGUCCGGAUGCAUCGCUUGCUUCGCUAAAUGUCUUAGGCUUUACCAUUGUCUGUUCUUCGCCAUCAUCAUCAUGCAUUGUUGCAUUAUUUAAUCAUCAUUGCUGUUCCAUUAGACUAGGAUGGAUAGGUCUCUUUCAUUCGCAUGGAGGUUUUAGUUUUGUUCAGGCAUCGACCGGAGGCCGGAAUGGAAUAUUUGACCAGCUUUCCAGCCUCACAUCUUCAUCAUGCUAGCAGUUGAUGGUUCACUUCAGAGAGACGAUUUUAAGUCUUGAAGCUGAUCCAUUGGAAGAUAGCAGCAGAGGCCGCCGGAAUGGCUCUGCUGACUGACUUGUAAUGUUCAUGUUUGCUGCUUGUUAUUAAACUUUUAAACUAAUGUAGGAUUAAAAAGAUUGAUGGGAUUCAUGGUUCCUUCAACUGUUCUAUUUUUUAUAACUUUCUUUAAUUUC